CCCUGAGGGUCCUCCUUGACUACUGCAAGAUCUCAAAUUUAAUCCUUCAUGACCUGGAAUUAAGCAGUUCGAGACCCCCUCCCCUUUAGGUUCUCCACCGACUCCUCCCCCCCGUUUCUCCGAGUCACGCUUCGAGCGAUUGGCCUUCCCAUCUUACUUGGGGGAAGUAAGCCAACUACUGAUCGAAAUAUCAUCCUCCCUACUUCGGUCAUCUAACGGAAUAUCAUCAACGAACCCGAUUCUUCUUCCCAAUCCUCUCGCCCAUCAUGCGGGAGGUCAACUUCAGUAUCCCAAAUGUCAAUAAGGCCUCCGUGAGCAUUACGACUACCCUCUAUGACAGGCGUGCCCUCGAUUGUACAUCAACCCUGCCCCUCAUAAAUUCCCUCAACCAUCUCGCCUAUCUCACCACAUCCUCGGCCCGUAUUCGCGAUAUUCUUACGGUCGAUGGCGGCAUUGAAAGGCUGAUCUGCGUCCUCAAAGAGGGUCGGAGUAGAGAUUUGAUGGAGAUGUGGAAGUGGAGCCUCGCCUUCCAGUGUGUGGUCAACAUCGGAGUGCGGGGCUCAGAGACCGUGAGAACGAGGGUAGUCGAAGCGGAUAUGGUCCCGGUCAUCGCAACUAUUCUUGAUAACUAUAUCAAGGUGGUUGACAAGGCGCGAGCCCGGGCGGAUAGCGAAAACCAGAGACAUUCAUUACGGCAUCACCCCAAGGCGGCGGCGGCCCCUACUGCCGGCGAGGUGUCUGGGCGCCCGGCCUUCUUGGACCAGUCAUCCACUACGGAGCAACGUACCUCUCGCCGCCAGGCGCCGCCUCCAUCCAUCGAGAUCCCUGCCUUCCUCCACCAAAACAAUCAUGCCCCCGACGCAAAUGCCAUGGACGUUACAUCGUCACCUCGUGCGCCCAUGACAUCGCCUCCGGAGAGGAACACGUUCGGGCAAGACGCCCACAACCACAGAUCGCACGAUGGUCGCUAUGUGCAUGCGGGUCCUCGUCACAGGGCGAUGCAACCUCUAGCCACUGCAUUGCCCCCGAUGGAUGCGGCUGAUGGAUUUGGGCUCCGCCCCGUGCGAGACACGGAAAGACUACCAAGCAUGCUUCCCACCAUGCACAACGGUAUUGCGUCGCAGCCUGAUUCUCCAACGACCCCCAGCGGCCCGGUGCAGCCUCGGAGCAGCCAUUCUCAGUCAACAACGGCCGCGAGACAACGGCCCGCUUUGAGACAGCAUCAGUCGGCAUCAGGAGACUCCGAUGAUGGGAACGGAGAGGGCUCCACCACGGGAGAAAACGCUGGCUCCGCAGAGACAUCGGAACCCAUUGUUGGUCUUCACAACCAGAUGGAGAUUGAUGAAGUGGGCGACCGGCAAGCCAUGAUUGAUGGCGUUUCCAACUCCCACGAUCUGACUGUCACCGACCCCUCGGAAGGACAAGAAGCCGAGACGUUCAAUAUCACCCAUCGUUCCACAGUAGAUGGCAGCAUAAUCAACAACGACACCACACAGACCAACACGGCUCUAGGGUUUUCUCCUACGCAGGCCGCGAACAACGCCAACUCCCCCGCUCUCGUCCCUAGCCCGUACUCGCUGUACUUCCGCGACCGAUCUGCAGCACCCCAGAAUGUCUUAACGACGAUGCCCCGUGAUGAGGACGUCUUGAUGUCGCUCCAACUGUUGGCCUAUGUCUCUAAAUAUUGCAAUCUGCGGUCGUACUUCCAACACUCCCAUCUGGUGCCAAAGCUCAAGGUCGAUCGUGAACUUCAAAUGCUUGAGGAAGGAGCAUCGCCGAUUGAACCGCCAGAGGAGGAGGACGAGUAUUUACUUGCUGAUGAUGUCAACAUCUUCCCGUUGGUAGAAAAGUUUACCGUGCGCCAUCACUCCAAGGACAUGCAGUACUGGGCCUGUGUCGUCAUGAGAAAUCUCUGUCGCAAGGACGAGUCCAGAGGUGGCAUUCGGCAAUGCGCAUGGUACAAGUGCGGGAAAUGGGAAGAGUUCCAGCGGCAGUUUGCCAAAUGUCGCCGUUGCCGUCGCACCAAGUACUGCAGCAAAGAUUGUCAGAAGGCCGCCUGGGUCUACCACCGUCACUGGUGCCACACCACGCCAUGAUAUGAACGGAUGAAAAUUUGUCUAAUAUAUCUAAUGCAUACCUGGUUUGCAUAGCGUCAUACCUGCCAUAUUUUUUUGUUUUGUUUUCGAGAUUCCACAUCUACCCCGUGCAUGGCAUUUCAGAACCUGGCGGC